ACCUCUGUCAGGAUGGAGGAAAACGAGCUGCUAUCACGCUGAAAAACGACGGAUCCCGACAACCGAGCAUCACCUAACGGGAGAGUCAAGACACAAGACACAAGUCACCGUUUCUCUUGACUAGUGCACCGUUUUCUAUAACGUUUUGUUUAAAAAUGAUGGAAGAAAUCGACCGCUUCCAAGUACCCCCAGUCAACGGAGAGACGCAGCCUUUGGACCCAGCAGCGACCUCCACCUCAGAGGCAGACGCUGACAACAAGGGAGAGACUGUGGCCAUGAACUACAAGCCCUCACCACUGCAAGUCCAAAUAGAGAAACAGAGGGACCUUGCCAGAAAGGGAUCAGUGAAGAAUGGCACCGUGGGAAGUCCUGUCAAUCAACAACCCAAGAAGAAUGCCAGGACAAGGUUGGUUGUGCCAAACAAAGGCUACUCCUCUUUAGACCAGAGCCCAGAUGAGAAGCCCCUGGUAGCACUGGACACUGACAGUGACGAUGACUUCGACAUGUCCAGAUACUCCUCAUCAGGAUACUCCUCAGCCGAGCAGAUCAACCAGGACCUGAACAUCCAGCUCCUGAAGGAUGGGUACCGUCUCGAUGAGAUCCCGGAUGAUGAGGACCUGGAUCUGAUCCCCCCAAAAGCGGUCAACCCCACCUGCAUCUGCUGCCAGGCUGCUCCCUCCACAGCCUGUCAAAUCCAGUAGCUCCACCGCCUCCCUCAAAGAAACCCUCCUGCCUGCCACCUGCACUGAGGCCAACUACUGACCAGAGUGGCAGCUUGGAGGAAAAACUAUCAACUGGCAAUGGCACAAAGGGAAAACAAAGGUUAUACAUGCUAAGUUAAAAAAAUGGAGAUAGGUCAAAUCUUGAGAAAAGAGUCACUAUGUACAGUAUCUGUGUGCGUUCCUCCUAUGGUAGGAUCUGUGCAUCUUACUUCUCCAUUGUUGGUUUAGCGAGGACUCGACUGAUGGCAGAAACAUUACCUCUAAGGAAAACGUUUUACUUUUGCUUCGUCUUCGUUUGAUUUCCAUCUCAUGCUUGUGGAUAUUUUGGUUUACAAGGACCAUGGGGGAUUGUGAGUCAUUGUGGAAGAACAGAAACGCAAUCAGUUGACAGGUUCUGGAACAAAUACCUGAAAUGGUGACAUUAGCGUGACGGUGCAUCAUCCAUGGAGUCUACUUCUUCUACUGGUGUGUCAUAGAAAGUGUCAGAUUGAACGACAAGAAGAGAUUGGAAGUUUUGUAGUGGCCAUUGUUUAUUCUUUCUCUUUCUCAUUUCUCUUUCAGCCAGUCUGCUUUGUAUUCCUGUGUAUAUAUGUGUCAGACAUGAAAAUGACAUGUUUGUCUAAAUAUGUCCAAGGAAGUAGUUCUAAACCAUCAAGCUGCUGGCGAAACACUAAUGCUUACACUCACAACACUAUGGGAGUAAUUCCAUAUUUCUUUUUCAAGUUUGUCUGUUACACAAAGGUUGUACUGCGUAAUUGUUUCAUAUUCAGUUAAAAGAAGCUGAGAACAAAUAGUUUUGCAUGUUGCCUGUUAACAGUGUCCUACUGACCAGCUCGUGCUGACGAUUUAUCAGUUUUUAAACAACCUCUAAACACAUCCUUGUGCCGAUGAGACAUUUUGUGAGGCGUGCUUUUAAAGAAAUCAAGUUAGUAAUAUUUAGGUUCAUCCACUGUAAUACCAGUAAAUAUAGAGAAUCCGUUAUUAGAAACGGCCCAUGAGUUACGGCGUUCUUUCUUUGUGUUUGUCCAUGAAAGCCCCGACAUGAGUGGAUGUGUAAGAGGAGCACAAAGGCAGUCACCACCAGUGAAUGUGUUUACAAAGUACUACUACUUUCAAUAAUAAGAGGCUUAGAAUAUCUGCAAAUACUUAGAAAGUUGUGCAGUUUGGGCCGUACCAGUGUUAUGGUUUCUGAAGAAUGUCUAUAAAGUGUUUCCAUUUUGCUUGGAUGGAAAUUAAAUGGAUUUUUUAAAUUUAUUUUUCUUUUAAGUGUAUUAGGUUUGUAUGGUUGUACAUCUGCACAUAUCCCCCUUGACUUAUAAUAUAAGCAAUUUGUCUAAUAUGAUUUGGGGACUGUAUAUGUAGCAACGGACACAGCUGUGUAUUGUCGACGCUUUAUGCCAAUGGAUGUUUUCCCAUGAUGUUAAGUAGGAAGUACUUAAUGCCGACUGAUUAUUUAUCAUGUUUACAUCACAUCUCUUUAGCUCUACAGAUGAUAAAAGUCACUUGCAUGUGAAUCUGUUCUGAAACAAAUGACGGUAAAAGAACAGGCUGGGUUUACCCCCCAAACACACAAAUAAAUGCACAUUUUGACACCUGAAAAACACUUUCUAUUUAAAUGCAUCUCUUAGAGCUCUCUUUUUAUUUUUUUAUUUGGGGAGGGGCCAGAUUUGCAAGCAUAUACGUAAGCAUGGUCAAGAAAAGGAAGACAUUUAUUUGAAUGAAUGGAUAGUACCGUAAGUGGAGAACUAAAAGCUACUCGGAAAGGAAACUAAAGUGCUAAUUCUAUCCCUUAACCUGUAAGAGGGCAUCUCCUUUCUCUCAUCACUGAUAUACCUGAUUAAACAGCCUCAAUGCUUCUACAGCAUUUAAAUUACAAAAGAAAACGAGCAUUAAAACAAGUUACAGGUGCCAUGUGUGUAGAUGAAAAAAAAUGACUUUUAUGUCUGUACUCUGUAUUGAGUAGAACAAUACCUGAAUAGAAGAGUAGGUCAGGUAAUAUGUCACUAAUGCAGCUACUAGCUGAGGCGUGUGUUGGACAAGUAGCUGUGUACACUUAACAUUAACAUGUAGAGACUGACUGUAAGUGUCUAUGGUGCUGAUUUUAUUUUUUAUCAUUAACAUCAUCCCAAUAGAUUCACACACGGGCAGUCCCAGGCUUGUGGCGUCUCAUUAGGGGUGUAGCUUCACUAAUUCUUUGAGUUCCGAGUCUAAAGUAAUGCAUUGUAACAGAAGCUAUUUAUUUGCAGUUGUGUGUUUUUUAAUUUAUUUUUCAAAAAUGGCAGACUGAUUUUGUUUAAUUUUUAUUUGUCAGGUGCUUAUUAUGACAAUUGUGAACUGGUUCCAUUUAGAUUUUAACCGUGUCAAAGUUCUGUGUAUAGUGCAACAUAUCAAAAAAUAAAUAUUAGAUAUCUGAA